UUAAAAAUCGAUAAUCGAUUAAUGGUAAUUGGUUCCGUACACCACUACUCGAAAACAGAAUAAUAGUCUCAAUAAGUUUUGUUUGUUUCUCUUAUAAUUAAACUUGUCUUUUUAGUUAAAACCGCAAAUAAAAUAAUAAUUUUUAGACAAAAUGGUAAAGGCGUGGUACAUGGACGAGGAUACAAUGAGCGACCAACGACUGGAGCACCACAGAAGUCCUCCUGAAUUCAUAUCACUUGAGGAACUGUAUAGCAGAACCGGCGUUGAAUACUUCAACUUGAAUGUUGAUACAUAUGCAUCAGAUGGAGUACUGGAUGCAUUGAAAAAGGAGCGUGGCUAUACAUAUGAAGAUGAGAUAAUAUGCUCAAAAGAGUGUCUGCCAAACUAUGAGGAGAAAUUGAAAACAUUCUACAAAGAACAUCUUCACACUGAUGAGGAAAUCAGGUUUGUUUUGGAUGGGUCGGGCUAUUUCGAUGUCAGGGACGGCUCUGACCAGUGGAUACGUAUUGCAGUAUCUGCCGGAGACAUGAUUAUUAUACCUGCCGGUAUAUACCACCGCUUCACACUUGACACCAAGAACUUCAUAAAAGCGAAGAGAUUCUUCAUCGGUGAACCAGUGUGGCUGCCAUACAACCGGCCCGCUGACGACAUGGCCUGCCGUCAACAGUACCUCAACAAACUCACUCAGGGAUUUGUUACUGCUCGCUGACAUAAUCCUGCUCCAUUGUCCUGUUUGAUGUCUAUACCCUGUUCCACAAUUACUGGUCAGUUCAAAAUCAUAGUUCAUCUUUCAUUUUUGUGUCUUAAUUUGCCUUUGUUGUGUAUUAUCGGAGCGGCGUUAUAUAUUAUCCCACACAUUCUAUGCAAUAAGAUUAAUUACUUAGUUUCCACUAGACUUAAAUAGACCUUC